AUGGCAAGGCAAAUGGUAAUUGAAGGUAACUCAGACUUUCUGGAAGCUGUAGAUCGACACUCCACCAUUUCCUCCAUUACUUUUGAGGUCAAAUCUACUUGUGCGAGAAUUCUGGAGAAUGCACACCGCUUGCAAGAACUUAUGGUCAAUUAUCUAGAUGGAACAGCACGGUAUUAUCCGGAAAAGAAGAAAUCUGAAAUUUUGCGUUUGGAUACUCUUGCAGUUGCAGGAGGUUUCCAUCUCCGGUAUGUUAUGGAGUAUAUGCGAAUGCGCCUCCUUCGUGACUAUCCAAUUUUUUAUAACUUUAACGGGGAUUGA